CUUGUUUUUCGUUAUCUAAACAUUCAGUCGUGUUUUGUCGCUGACUUUUCUACAACCAGAAAUGGCUCGUACUAAGCAAACCGCUCGUAAAUCCACUGGAGGUAAAGCCCCAAGGAAGCAAUUGGCCACCAAAGCUGCCCGUAAAAGCGCACCAGCCACCGGAGGCGUGAAGAAACCUCACAGAUACCGUCCCGGAACUGUCGCUUUGAGAGAAAUCCGUCGUUACCAGAAAAGUACCGAAUUGCUGAUCCGUAAAUUGCCCUUCCAACGGUUGGUUCGUGAAAUCGCUCAAGAUUUCAAAACCGAUUUACGUUUCCAGAGCUCGGCUGUUAUGGCACUUCAAGAAGCCAGCGAAGCUUACUUAGUUGGUCUUUUUGAAGACACCAACUUGUGCGCCAUCCACGCCAAGCGUGUCACCAUCAUGCCAAAGGACAUCCAAUUGGCUAGAAGAAUCCGUGGAGAACGAGCUUAAUUUACAGUAUUCAUAAUACUUUCCGAAUCAAAACGGCCCUUUUCAGGGCCACCA